AUGCUGCUUGUGGGUAGCAGCCUCCUCGCGGUCGGCGGCAGCAAUGAGACACACGUGCGCUCGCACCAGCUCACGACGCCGGUCCGCUCCGAGACGCCAGCACCAACGUACGGGACGCGCCCGCCCACCUCGAGCGACGACGACGACGCUCUCUACCGCUGCCACGAGCUGCCGCGCGUUUGCAACCCGCCGUCGGAGCACAAGGCCGACGCCUGCAGGACGCUCUUUCCCGACUGCUUUCGCCAGCCAAGCAUCGUCGUCUCGACCAACGCAUCGGGCCCGCUGGAUGGGCGCAUUCCGCGCUGCGACCGCGUGCAGCUGCUGAACGCACUCACGGCGCAGCCCGAGACGCAGCCGUGCUUGGCCGCGUCCAACCUCUCGAUCCUCUCGCUGCUGUACGGGAGCCGCCUCGAGCGCGACCAAGUCCGAGCCUUCAAUCGAACGGCCGCCUGCCGGAGUUUCGCGGCCGCGUUCGCAUCGGCCGUCGCAGCCAUCGCGCCGUGCUCCAUCAAGUCUCAUAUCGUGCAUGGCGAACGCUACAGCGGCAGUCACUUUGAGGACUUUGUCGAGCGGCUCUUGGGGUACGUCAACGUCGCGUACACGCCGUCGUACGACGCCUCGCCGGCGCUCGCGGCCAUGCACAAAGCGUAUCCGAGCGACGCACUCCUCCAUGUGGGCAUGGACCCGAGCCUCGGUCUAGGCCCGUUCCUCCUCUUGUUGCUGGAAGGUGUCGUCGUCUGUCUCUGCGUCGCGACGCUUUUCUGGCUCGUCCGGCGCGCGUGCGAGGCCAACCCGUAUGCGACUGCCUUGUACGACGCCACCUUGCGCGAGGUCGCUGUUGUCGGCGUCUUUUCAUUUCUCGUGCAGCGCUGCCUCCUCUGGGAGAUCCUUCCGCUGGAGAGUCCGACGCACCACGGCCUCCUCAUCGUCCAAGACGUGCUCUGGCUCGUCGUGCUCGUCCACGCCGCGCAGACAGCAGUCGUGAGCUGGCGCGUCUUUGCGGCGCACCACCGUCGGUGCGCAAUGGCCGCUCGGUCGCUCCCCGAGUUUGUCGCAGUCGCCACGAACGGCAACUUCGUGACCUCGGACGAUCGCGUGCCACGCCGGUUCCGCGAAGGCGUCGACUUCUUCUUGCUCCGGCACCUCUUCCUAUCGGCGCAUGCGCUGCCAACAACGUUCCAGUUUGACGUGUACCUCAACCACGUGGAGGCCGCGACGGCGGUCGAGCUGCUGCCACUUCCGUGGUGGAGCUGGCCCGUCCUUCUCGCGGUCUACGCGAGCUUCCUCGGGAUCGCAGACGGCGUCGUGCAUCCGUCGUGGUCCGCAGCGACAGUCGACGAGAUGGCCCGUCUCGCGCCGACGGUGUAUCGCCCGGAUGUCGCGGCCGCCCGCCUCUACGUUUUGGUUGUCUUUGUGAGCGUCGCGCUGCUGCUCACGUUGGCUGUCGCAUGGUACCUCUACAAAGUCACGUCUGGACUCGUUCUCCAAGCCUGUGACAUCAUCAACGAGCUCAACAUGGCCUCCAAGAUCGAGUCGCUUCAGGUGCUUGCGUCGCGCGGGGACGAGGGGAGCGUCACGGCCAAAGACGUGGUCGCCGCGCUCACUUCCAUGGAACACCUCUCCGAGUCGCUCAUGGAGGCGCCAGAGGUGCUACCGAGCCGCCUCGUGCAAAUGCCGUCGUGGAGCCGGGCGUCGCUGUCGCUUCUCGUUCGCCUCUGCAUGGUGCUGCCAGUGCUCUUCCUUGCCAUGCUGUGUGACUGCCUCCUCCUGCUUGCGUCAGCGCCGUGGUGGUACCGCUGUGCGCUUGGGUCGCUUCUCCUCGUCCUCGCGUUUCUUUCGACGGUGCUCCUGCCGCUGGUGGCGCUGCAGCUAGGAACGGUGCUCGGCGUCGCGAGUCCGGACCGCCACCAAGUGCUCAACGCGCUCUCGGCGUCCAUUCUCCGGGUCCGCGAACGCGCGCUGCAGCUCAAGGCGACGAGCGCCGCCACGAUCGUGCUCAGCCCAACCCCCCAGUCGUGCAGCACGGCGCGAUGUUAG